UCCGCCUCGAACCGGAAAGAUUCGAUGACCGGCGCCGACGGGCUCGAUGGCGGCUGGGACACCUUCCUCGAUGGCCUCGCGAUGAGCGAGCUCGAUGCGCUCUGCUGCGCGCCGAUCCAGACCAAGGUCGAGACGCGCUGGGAGCGUCGGAAGCGGCGCGAGCUCGCGGCCACGACCGAGCGCGCGUAUCGGUACGUGGCGCUGCGUGCCAAGCCACCGAUGGCCAUCUUCACGUCCGAAGUUCCGUACCCGCUGCCGCCGUCGGCCGGCAAGGCGCAGGCGACGUGGACGGGCUACCGGCGGUCCGUCUCGACGACGUCGUCGACGCUCCUGCACCUCGCCAACGAGACGAUCGUGGAUGACUUUUACACGCACGUCUUGGCCGCGCACGAAGCAACGCUCGCGUGUGCGACGGCCGAUGCAGUGCACCUCGUGUCGGCCUCGGGCCAGCGCGCUCGGCACGCCGUGCAACACCCAUCGUCGCUCGCAGCACUCGGCUCGAUUGCAUGGCUCUCGCCCACGCAGCUUGCACUCGGCGCGAGCAACGGCGCCUUGUACCGCUACGACCUCCCGACAAAUGUGUGUCUCGAUGUCGUCGCACAGGCGCACGGCGACCGCAUCGACGUCAUCGCGAGCCAUGGCACCGGGUGCUACACGGGUGCGCGCGAUGGUGCGAUCGCGCACUGGGACUUUCGCCUACCGCAUCCGCGAUUGCAUGUACGCACCGACCACUCGCAAGGCGUGUGCGGCCUCGCGCUCUCCGCCGACGGUACGCGGCUCGCGUCCGGCGGCAACGACAACCUCGUGUGCCUCUUCGACACGCGGCAAGCGCGCGUCGAGCACCUUCUGCAAGGCCACAGCGCCGCGAUCAAGGCGCUGGCGUGGAGCCCGCACGAGCGCUGCGUCCUCGCGACCGGUGGCGGGCUCGCCGACAAGAGCCUCAAGUGCUGGCACGCCUACACGGGCGCGCUUCUCUGCUCUGCGCCCACGCACGGUCAAGUGUCGGCGCUGCUCUGGCCGGUAAACCAAAAGCACGAGAUCGUGACGGUCGGUGGGUUUGGCGCGGACGCCGUCCAGCUCUGGAGCUACCCGUCGGGAAAGCGCGUGACGAGCGUGCCGGCGCCGUCGAAAGGGCGGCUUCUCGACGGUGCGCUGCUCAGCGACCACGUCGUGACGCUGAGUGCCGAUGGGACGCUGCAGCAGUACGAGAUUGCGCUCGACCGAAAGCGCCGGUCGCCUCCGUCCGAGACCGGGACGCCCGACACACCGGACGAGCGUCAACGCCGUCGCCGCCUCCGCAUUACGAUGCAGCUUGUGACCGACUACCUCGUCAGCAGCUCGAUGGAGCAGCUCCUCUCGCUGCGCGCGUCGGCCCGCCUCCUCUUUGCGUGCCUCGCGGUCAACAUGCUGCUACAGGCGUUCUUCAUCUCGUACAAACUCAUCGACACGGUCGAUGCGUCGACGUGGAGCUCAACGGCGCUGGUCUCGCUCGUCAUUUGCUACACGGCAUGGAUCGUCAUCUCGGCCAUCGGCGGUGUCUGCGGGCUCUACUCGACGCACUACCACCACACGCAGUCCGCGCACCUCUGUCUUGGCGCGUGGGUGCUGCUCGUCGGCUUCCAACUGCUCGAAGGCGCCAUUGCCAUCUUUUACCUCUCGCCCGAGGCCGAGCUGGGUCCUGAGACGCGCCGCAUGCUUGCCUUCAACACGGCGGCGCUCAUUGCGAUCGAGGUGCUCUUCAUUAUCUUCAUCCUUGGCUACAUCCAGCUGCUCGAGUAUUGCGCGCCGUUCGACUACAACACGAUCCUCGACCACGACAACAUGCAUCUCAUGGCGUCGACCGAGUGCGCGUCGCCCAAAGUGCUCGUGCCAUUGCAGGACAUGCCGACCACCUACGGCACGGCCAGUCAUGUCUAA